CCGAGCCGGAUGUGUGUACAAAUGUCAACAUUUACAGUUUAAUAAAACACAAUCGAGCGGCGGCUUCGCGUCUUUUUCUCUCUCGCUUAGACACGCAGCGAUUUUGAGGUUUCACCACAAUGGGGUUUUUGCUCUCCAAGUCCAUGGACCAGAACUUAAAGAAACAGCAGGAGUUCAUGCUCCACAAUGCAAGAAUCCAGAUGGAGCGUCAGAUCCUGAUGCAGAAUGAAAUGCGUGAGCGGCAGGUGGCCAUGCAGAUUGCCUGGUCGAGAGAAUUCAUCAAAUACUUCGGAACCUUCUUCAGCCUGGCAGCAUUCGGCCUCACUGCAGGAGCCAUACAGAGGAAGAAGCCUGCUCUGUUUGCUCCUGUGAUUCCACUCAGCUUCAUCAUGGUCUAUCAGCUGGACAUGGCCUACGGGACGCUCAUCCACCGCAUGAGAGACGAAGCCGAGAGCAUCAUGGCGUGUGAAGGAGAUCGUUUGAGUAUGCCUCGUGGAAUGCCGACGUUCGAGAGCAUCGAGAGAGCACGAAGAGCCAAAUCUCACCUCCCCCCUCUCUCUGAGAAAUGAGGACCCCUCAUCCAUCUGUUUUCCUGGAUCCACGUCUACCAGUUAUAAUAAAAGCCCGUCCCUGACUGACCACUGAA